AGCAAACUAUGAAACACAUUAACAGACAGCUAACGAGCUACUUGUUUUACGCUCGGAGAUGUGUAUUGUUCUGGGAAUGGAUCGUUUACUUAGCGAGAAGGAAGAACGAGAUACACUUGCAUGGCUAGAUAAAAUACCUUUCUCCAGACACAAAAAACACAUCAGCAGGGACUUCAGUGAUGGAGUGAUGGUUGCAGAAAUUGUUCAGCAUUAUUUCCCAAAAAUUGUUGACAUUCACAACUAUGUCACUUCCUGCAAUACGCAGCAGAAACUCGGCAACUGGAACCUUCUCAACAAGAGGGUGUUUUCCAAGCUGGACUUUUAUGUCUCAGAGGAAACGGUGGAGAAGAUUGUUUCAAGCACUCCUGGUGUGGUACUGUAUGUGCUGUUUUUCCUCAAGGAGAAGUUAGAGAAGAAACUGACAUUUUCAGAUGUGGAAAUUCAACAGGCCGAAGAAAGAAUUAUGGCUCAACUGGCAGAGUUGAAGAUUACAGAGCCAACAGAGACACCACAUCAAGUGACAUUUUUUACAGAGAUGAGCCUUUCAGCAACCCGGCAAGUCAUACUGGAAAAAGAUGUUCAGGUUCAGGAACUUCAGGAUAUUCUUAAGAACCUUCAGGUGAAAGUGAGCAAGUUGGAAGAGCUGAUUCAAUUGAAGGACAAGCGUAUUGAACAUUUGACAAGUCUUUCAGAGCUGUACAAACAUAAAAUACAUAUUGCCAGUCUGUGAGUCACCACGGGCUAUUUUUUUUUCUUUUGCCACAUCUGUAUUUGUGUUAUGAUGUAAUGAUUAAAGAACAGCUACAUGUC